AUGAGGAAAUAUUAUCAACUUUUACUCGUCAUCAUAUGCUUUUUGAGCGUUGUAACAUUACUCAUAUAUCGCCACGAGUACUACAGGCUGAGGUAUGUGUUGGAAGUAUUGAAUUUCUUUGGAAAACCGGGUCUGUCGGAAAUAGAAUUUUGUGGUCCUGGUUAUAAUGCUACAAUGUUGUCAGAAAUACUUAGGAACUCGUCAAUGGAAGUUCGUGAGACACCUCCACUGUUUCAACAGAUUGAUGAUAACUUCUAUUCAUAUUCCUCCUUUCUAAGGUCGUACCAAAAGUAUGAGAAAUUAACGCAAUCUCAUGCUCACAUUAUAGAUACUAUUGUUAUUGGCAAAGCGCAAAUUACACCUAACUUUCGUUGCAAUAUCUGGAUGGAGGGUUCCAACACACCUAAAGCAGGACGCUUUACACACAAAACAAUCUCAGAACCUGUAAAUGAUUUCACGUUGUACAUAUUCCAGUGUUCUUUGAGUAAAAAUUUGGGUAAACCAAAAGGAGUGAGCUUCUAUGUUAAUGAUUAUAAUAUCAACCCAAUACAUGCACCAAUAAUCAGAGUGAUUCAAGUAAACACAAAGAGGAAACCUAGAAGAACUGCUAAUAUAAAGUUUGUAAACAAUAUUGAACCAGCUAUUUGUGUAAUACCUAAUCAAAUACCAUUAGUAUCACGAGAUGCCUUCAUAGAGUUCCUUGUCUUCCACCACAUGAUGGGCGUCAAAUACUUCACCAUAUAUGACAGUAUGAUCUCUGAAGAUAUAAUUCGAAGAUUGAAUUUAGUACCUUCGGAUAUUACACAGUGGAAUAUACAAUUCUUCCCUUUGAAUUAUCCGUUUCUAUUUGCAAAGUCAUAUAAUAUUGUACGGAAUGCUAUUGAAUUAGAUUGCUUAUUCCGACACUUUAGAUUGGAUAAAGAAGAAACAGAGAAAGCCAGUCAUGCUAUUGUUAUGUCUUGGGAUGAAUUCCUAGUACCCCGAAUCCAUAAUAACAUAAAAGAAAUAUUUAAUGAUUUCGACCCAACGAGAAGAAUCAGAACAUUGCAGUUGAAACCACUUUUAUUCUGCUUAAAUCAAGCUGAUGAUGAGGAAGUUGAAGUUGGAUAUCCAGAAAUGAUGAAAAAAACUCAUUAUUACAUAAUACCACAGAAUAUGAGUCCUAUUUAUGUAAGAAACCUUGACAGUAUGGUGAUUUAUGAAGAUAUAUUUAGCCUCACCUUGAGUACAAAAGAACUUCCUUUGGAAGUGUUAGGAGCCCACAAGUACACAGCAUGUAGGGAUCCUAAAGUGUUCAAUUCCAGCGGUGCUGGCUACAAUGAAACACAAAUGAAAAUGUUGCAACACAAAUUCGAAGCUGCCAUGGCAAAAUUUGGGCCGAAUAUAGUAAGUAACAAAAUUUAUAGGUUGUACAGAUCUGGAAAGAUUUGGGAGAAAACAAGCAGUGAAUCGGUUAGAGACAUGUUAUGA